AUGUGGUUGUUUCAGAUGGCGAAACCAGCCACUACGCCGAUUGUGGCGCUGCCAAGGAGCGAUCUGAGCUUCUUCUCGGAUGGAAGGUACACGGACGUGGAGUUCCUGGUGGAGAAUGGCUCCGACCCGCCGAAGAGGUUCAAGGCCCACAAGAUGGUACUGGCAAUGAGGAACGAAGUGUUUGAAGUCAUGUUCUACGGAAAUCUGCCCGAACAAGACAAAGUUAUCAUCACCGACCUGCAUCCGGAUGGAUUCUUCUGUUUCCUCAAGUACCUCUACAGCCAGUCAGCCAACUUCGCCGACAUUCCACAAGCACUAUACAUACGAAGUGCUGCUCAGAAGUACAUGGAAUCCAAGCUUGUGGAUGCCUGCGAUGCUUUCAUCAAAGUCAUGCAGCCACGCGACGUGUGCGCCGUCUUAAAUUACGCGAUAGAGCAUGAAAACCUCACAAACUUUGAGAAUGAAAUAGGCAUGCAUCUGGAAAAGAGUGGCCUGCAGGUGUUAGAGUCAAGUACCUUCAUUUCAGCCUCGAUAGAAACCGUCAUCAGGGUUCUUAAGAAUCCCCGGUUGAAGGUCAAAGAAUAUGAAGUCAUUAAGUGUGUCUACGCCUGGGCGAUUGCACAUUGCAGACAUGAAAACGGGGAGCCCUCCGCCUCCGCACUGCGAGAGUCCAUGAAGCCCUUUCUGUCAGAACUUAGGUUCCUGACGUUGAGUUCUCAGGAGUUCAUCGCUGGUCCGAGUUCGUGGAACAUCUUCACCGAAAGUGAAGCAUUUUCCGUUCUGAGCAACAUCAUAACGCUUGGCUCAAUGCCGUUUCCUGAUGGCGUUUCCACUGUUACAGUAGGCCGGGUGCCGGCACACCUGUAA